UAGAGAUAGAGAUAAAAAUCCUAUCCGGCCAUCAUCCUCAUGGGUUUUAGAUCCCCUUUUUUUCUUUCCUUUCUUAUUACAAUUCUUUCUAAUUAAUCAUAUCUCUCUCUCUCUCUCUCUCUCUCUCUCUCUCCUUAUCUUUCUCUCUCUAUCUGUUUCAACAUUUUGAUGAUUUUUUUUACUACUAAUAUAAAUUCCAAAACACAUAAAAAACUGAAAAAACAAAAACAAAAAAGAAAGUACAUUCAGUUAUGAAAAUGCUUCUUCUUCUUGAUUCACCUCCCCCAACACACUUCCCACCAUUGCCAACGCCGUCGUUUCCCUUCCUUUUUCUGGCCUUCUAAAUUUCGUUCUUCUUCUUCUUGUAAUUGUGGUAAUACUGUUUAAAAUUAAACGCUUUUUUUUUUUUUUUUUAUAAAAUGAUGGGUGAUCUUAAAGUGUGUUCGGCGAGGCACAACGGCGUCGUUUUAUGUGGCGAAGAUCGACUCUACUCGUCGUCGACGCCGCCGCCGCCAUUGCCGGCGUCGAACCCUGAUCCUUGUUCCAUUGGGUCGGAGUCUUGGGCCAGUGCCGAGCGAACCGCUCAGGAGAUAGUGUGGAGAAUUCAGCCCACUUUGGCUACCGACCGUAAGAGGAAGGAGGUCAUUAAAUAUGUGCAACGUCUCAUUAAGAAACGUGUUGGAUGUGAGGUCUUCCCAUAUGGAUCAGUUCCACUAAAAACAUAUCUUCCUGAUGGAGAUAUUGAUUUGACUACCCUUAGUUGUCCAAGUGUUGAGGAUGCCUGGGUAUCUGAUGUUCAUGCUGUUCUGAGGGAAGAAGAACAUAAUGAAGCUGCUCGGUUUGAAGUGAAGGAUAUCCAUUGCAUUGAUGCUGAGGUUAAGCUUGUGAAAUGCAUUGUACAGAAUAUCGUGGUAGAUAUAUCGUUCAAUCAGUUAGGAGGACUUUGUACGCUUUGUUUUCUUGAACAGGUUGAUCGCCUUGUUGGUAAAGAUCAUCUCUUUAAGCGCAGCAUUAUUUUGAUAAAAGCUUGGUGCUAUUAUGAAAGUCGUAUUCUUGGUGCCCAUCAUGGUUUGCUUUCAACCUAUGCUUUGGAGACAUUGGUCCUUUAUAUUUUCCAUCAAUUUCAUUCUUCCCUAAAUGCACCUUUAGCAGUUCUUUACAGAUUUUUAGAUUACUUCAGCAGAUUUGAUUGGGAAAGUUAUUGUAUUAGUUUAAGUGGACCAGUUUGUAAAUCUUCUCUACCUGAUAUUGUAGCUGAGGUACAAGAAAAUGGGGGAGAUGAUCUAUUGCUAAGUGAAGAAUUUCUCAGAAACUGUGCCGAGAUGUUCUCAGUGUCCCCAAAGGGGUCUGAGACGAAUUCACGAGCAUUCACCCAGAAGCAUCUUAACAUUAUUGAUCCACUUAAAGAAAACAACAACCUUGGGCGUAGUGUCAAUAGAGGUAAUUUCUAUCGAAUACGUAGUGCUUUUAGAUAUGGGGCUCGCAAGCUUGGCUGGAUUCUGAUGUUACCAGGAGAAAGAAUAGCAAAUGAGCUCAACAAGUUCUUUUCAAAUACUUUGGAUAGGCAUCAAAGCAAUUGUUGGACUGACAUAGGUUCUGACUUUUCAUCCUUAAAAUUACACCCUGUACUAUGCUCUGAAGACAAGGCGUUUCUAAAAUCCGGUUUUGGUUUCCAUGAUGAUAAGAUAUCAGGCAUUGAAGUCACAUCUGGAAUUAUAAAUGGACCAGAAAGACACUUACAGGAAGUGGUUUCCUCUGAGCUGGUCCCAGAAUUGGACCACCCUGUGGAGCGAAAUGCUCUUUGUAAAUAUCGUUUUGCUGGGGAUGCUAAGCAGCUUGCAUCUUCUGGAACUGUGGAUAUAAGAAGUACAAAUGACUCACACAAUUGUUUGUCUCCAGAUAGCACCUUGGGUUCUUUGGUUUUAGGGAACAUUUAUCAUGCUAGUCAUUUUAAUAAUUCACAAUUGUCCAGAAAGAAUGAGAAGAUUGAAAAUCAGAAUCCUUGUCUGAACAUGCCUCAAAAUUCUGACGUCAACGAUGAGAAGAUUGAAAAUCGGAAUCCUUGUCAAAACAUGCCUUUGAAUUCUGUCACCAACGAUGAGAUGGGCUCUGCCUUAUGUCCUGAAGUCAAAGAGAAGUUAGGGGGUAGAAAUUCAGUUUGCUCAUGUAUUAAUCAUGAAGGUAUGUCAUCUACAUGUUCAGUCAUUUCCAGCUCUGUUGCUAAUAUCUCCUGUUGUAAUGGAGAGAGAUAUAUUGUUCGAGUUUCUGGAAGCUCAGAAGCUUUAAAAUGCCUUCUGGACCUUAGUGGGGAUUAUGAUAGUCACCUUAGGAAUCUGCAAUAUGGUCAGCUUUGCCAUGGGUAUGCUGUAUCUCCAUUGCCCCAUCCUCCAGUGUCGCCUCAGUUACAGAUUAUGAAUCCACGGGAAACCAUUUGUGACCCCUUACAGAUCAAGAAGAAUGUUCACUCUCAGAUGAGCAAAAAUGGUGUUGCUUUAGGAACACGAUUUUACGAUGUAAGUCAUCCCACUUCAUCCUGUGCUGCUUAUGGUUUAGAAGAAAAGAAAAAACCACGAGGAACAGGGACAUUUUUGCCAAAACUGCAGAAUUGCCGUUCAUAUAAAGUCAGGCCAGUUUCAGAAAAAGGAAGGAAUCAUGCAGUAGAGGCUCACGGUCAGUUGCAGAGACAUACUUAUAACAAUGGAUUGGCUCCAGCUCCACGAGAGGUGAACUCAUCUGAUGAAGGCUGCCAUGAGCUCUCGCAUGAUGAGUUCCCAGUUCUAGUCCGUGGGAAGUCUGGAUCAUCAGAUUCUCACCAACCUCCUCAUCUUUCCAAAUGGGGUUCUUUCCAUGCAAAUGGCUUCUCUCACCCAUCUGAGAAAUUUGAAUCUGUGUCUCUUUGCCCCCAGCCUUGGGGAGCACCCUUGCCGGAACGGAGCAGUCAGCCAGAGUUGGAAACUUCACAACCUUUGGUCUCUGCUUCAAGCUCUGUAGCACCUGUACUGCAGAGUCCUAAACCAUUACUGGGAAAUAAUGAAGAAAGGGUUGAAGUUCAGUUUUUUCAUUUGAAAGAUGAAGAUGAAUUCCCCCCACUCUCCCACUGACUGCGUUGGACGGAAAAACCAAAACAAAUAUAAUAUCAACUCUCUCUCAAUACAUUCAUGAAUGGAGAUGAAAGCACAGUCAACACAUAUAUGAAUGAAUAUGGUGGGACAGUCAAAUACAUAGAAUGAAGACAGUGAGAAUAACCAUAGAUACUAACAAUGUCACCUAAGGUUUAGGGAAGACAUUCCUCUUUUGCUUUCUUCCCCUCCCCUCUCCCCUCCUAUGUUGUGGUUGUUGUUGGUAUGGUGUACAAAAAUCUAGCAUCAGCUUCCUUCAUCCACGUUUUGUUGGCUUCUUUUUGAGUAUAUACCAGGUGAUGUUUGCCUGAAUUUUGAAAUUUAGUUUUUAAUGAUUGUAGUUAGUUGUCUUAAUAACUAGCACAGAGAAAAUUUUUAGA